GGGCGGACUGCGCGCACCCGUGCGGCAGCGGAGCGCGGCUGGCGCAGCGGAGAGCGCAGCCCGGGAGCGGCACCGGGGCAUGUAAGCGGCUGAAGGUCACCCCCGGGGUCCUGCCUUCCCUCCCUCCCUCCAGCCGCCAGCCCGAGGAUGAGGAAGCCGAGGAGCGAGCUCCGUGCCCUGCUCUCCCUGCACCUGCUGCUGCUGCUGGCCCCGGGCACGGCCAGACCCGCCGCCCGCAUCCACGGAUGUCUGUUUGACGAGAGGCUCUGCUCAGCUCAGGAGCGCUGUGUGAUUGAUGGACUCUUCGGGCAUUGCCAGGAUGCCUUGCUGCCAGUCAGGACCGAGUAUGACGUGUCCCCUGCUGUCCUGGGGCGACUUCGGGAGGUGUUGAGGCAGCUGUUGCUACAAGGGUUGUCAUGGCAAGAUGACAUCACCCAGUAUGUGAUCGCCAUGGAGAUGGAAAAGGUCCCAAAACUCCACCCCCAGCAGCAGCAACUGUCCACUGUGAUGGGAGAUGAGAGAUUCCCGUUGCCCACAGGCAAAGGCCAGCGCCCAGCGAGCGUUCCUCUGGAGCAGUGGCCGGCCACAGAGAUUAUUCGCUACCUGAAGUUCAUUCUGUACGGCAGCAAACCCGAGCUGUCUUUGGGUCAUGGCGUUAACAGGGAUCUCGUGGGGCCCUAUCCCAUCGGGAAGAGUGGGAACGUGUUGGACCUGAGGGGCGAGGAGGAGAGGAGCCCGCAGAGGAGGGCAGGCCUCGAUGGGGUCAACGACCCGGACUAUCCCAGUGACCACGGCAACCGCUACUGGCCAACCUAUGACGACUCCCAGGACCAAAGACUAAAAUACCCAAACAGGAUAAAGGACAUCAAUGUUGGGUCCAACACACCUCGACCUCAGGCAGCUGCAGAGGACUUGGGCGGCCUACUUCAGAAGAAGGCCUCUGCGUUGGAUGGACACAGGCAGCAGCGGAAAGGGGUGGAAUCCCGGAUCAUGGACACACCGCCUCCCAACCGAGCUGGCGCCUGGAGCCAGGAGUGGAGGGCUGGCAAGGAAGUGGGAUCCGCCGGGAACAGGGAGGCAAGCGGCCGGAGAGUCCAGGCGGCGGCUGUGGAGCUGGGGCUGUCCCAGGAGGAGGUGGAUCUGCCCCCCAAGGGCUUUCCGAAAGCCGGUGAAGGUCACCAACCGGAGUGGGCUCCCACUGCAGCCUCACCCAACAAGGAAGAGUACGCCUACAUCGUCACUGACAAGAAACCCCUGACUCUAUCCGAUGGGAUCAAGUUACUGGAAUCCUUGGCUCUGAGGCUGCAUCUUGCCACCGUGAAUUUCAUCAACAUCAGUGUCAUUGGACCAGCGUUGACUUUCAGACUGAGGCACAAUGACCACAACCUGACGGUCGAAGAAGUGGCCAGUAAAGCUGUUGCUGACAAAGCCGAUUUGGAAGCGGAGACUGGUCUGAAGAUCAUCCAGGCGGGUGUUGGUGAGAGGAACACCUUUCACCUGCUGCCAAAGCCAGCGAGGCACAGCGACACCUUCCGAUUCCUGCUUCUGACGUUCAUCGCCGUGGCCUGCAUCGCGGGAAUACUGAUCGCGGGAGCCGUCAUCUUCUGCCUGAGGCAAAAUGCCAAGCAGCGGCAGAAGGAGAAGCUGGCUGGGAUGGGUGGUGAGGGGGCGACGGACACCUCCCUCGAAUAUCAGGAACUGUGCAGACAGCACAUGGCGGCCAAGUCGUCCUACAGCCGCACGGAAACGGUGGACACCUCCCGGGUCAGCAGCGUCUCCUCGCAGUUCAGCGACGCUCCCCAGGCCAGCCCCAGCUCCCACAGCAGCACCCCCUCCUGGUGCGAGGAGCCCGUGCAGUCCAACAUGGACAUCUCCACCGGUCACAUGAUCCUGUCGUACAUGGAGGACCACCUGAAGAUCAAGGACCGUCUGCACAAGGAGUGGGAGGCCCUGUGUGCCUACCAGGCUGAGCCCAAUGCUUGCUCCAUCGCACAGAGCGAGGCUAACAUCAAAAAAUGCCGGAAUCCCACCUUUGUUCCUUAUGACCAUAACCGCAUGGUCCUGAAAGCCGAGGUCAAUCCAUCGCGGACAGACUUCAUCAAUGCCAGCCCGAUCAUCGACCACGACCCCCGGAUGCCGGCCUACAUCGCCACCCAAGGACCCCUCUCGCACACCAUCCCCGACUUCUGGCAGAUGGUCUGGGAGAAUGGCUGCACGGUGAUCGUCAUGCUGACCCCGCUGGUGGAGGACAGUGUUCGGCACUGCGACCGCUACUGGCCCGACGAAGGCUCUUCCCUCUACCACAUCUACGAGGUCAACCUGGUCUCUGAGCACAUCUGGUGUGAGGACUUCCUGGUCCGCAGCUUCUACCUCAAGAACCUGCAGUCACAAGAGACGCGCACCCUCACCCAGUUCCACUUCCUCAGCUGGCCCGCCGAGGGAAUCCCUUCCUCCACCCGCCCGUUGCUGGACUUCCGCAGGAAAGUCAACAAGUGCUACAGAGGCCGUUCCUGCCCCAUAAUCGUACACUGCAGUGAUGGCGUGGGAAGAACUGGAACCUACACUUUAAUCGAUAUGGUCCUCAACAGAAUGUCCAAAGGUGUGAAGGAGAUCGAUAUUGCUGCUACUCUGGAACACAUACGAGACCAAAGGCCGGGAAUGGUGUGCACCAAGGACCAGUUUGAAUUCGCCUUGACCGCCGUGGCAGAGGAAGUCAACGCCAUCCUGAAGGCGUUGCCCCAGUGAACUCGCUGCAUUCUGCUCGACUGGCCUCCCCCCGUCCCCUGAGCCACAGCCAGUCACCACAGCUGCUUCAUCCUCCAUCGUUUACCCCCAGCGCAGCCUGUACCUCCUUUGUGUCCUCUGUUCCGUUUCGUGUCUCUCCGCGGAAAACGCCAGUGCGCAGUGCAGUACGCUUCCCGUGAAGGGGUUCCUCCUCGUGUGCAAUGGUUCAGAGUUCCUCAAGGGCGCUCCCUACUAAAUGGUGGGUCCCCUACUGUUGGUCGGGGUUCAAUCCCAGCUAUCCCCCAGUAGAACUUAACAGACACAGCCCCUGGAUCCCCUGAUCCCCUUCUCUCUCCGCCAUCACCGAUCUCUGAGUGAACGUAAAACUGUGAGUAAACCUGACUAAUAGCACCCUGCUGAACCUCGCUCUAUCAUUGGAGCGUAAGUACCUGGGAACACCAGAAACAGUGCGGGGAGGGAAGCUGGCGAUAGCUGGUGACAGUGGUUACCACAACCACUCUUACAUCUCUCCUGAUGGAAUUAAAUGGGAAUAGAAGGGAGAAAGGCAGCCUUUAUACAAAGGGAUUUGGGUAUGAGAUUUAGGCGGUACAGUGGCCUACCUUUCAGCUUCAGGGACCCGGUUUGAACCUGACCUCGGGUCUUGUUUGUGUAGAAUUUACACCUUCUCUCCAUGACUAUGUUGACUUCCUCCCACUUUGCAAAGGCGCGCUGGGAGGUUAAUUGACUGUAAAUUGUCCCUGGUAUAGGUUAGUGACAAAAGGAAUUGAAAGGCAAGACAAUGGGCAUGUGAGUGAGUGCGAGGGAGGGAGGGAGGAUAAGUUGCAGAGGUGAAGGCAAAUAUGAACAAGGGGAAUUGGGACUGAUGGGAUUGGAUGGGAGCUAUUAUGGAGCCAAAGGGCUGAAUGGCUGCCUCCUGUCUCAUUUACAAGAGCAAGAAAUAAAAUCACAAAAUGUGAGCCAUACUUAGCGGGGCAGUUGGUGUCUGCGGAGUGAGUAAAGGAGUUAACGUUUCAGGUCGAUGACUUUCCUCCAGUUCUGACCAAGGGUCUUCAACCUAAAACAUUGACUCUCUUCCUCUGUCCACAGAAGCUGUCUGACCUGCCGAGCAUUUUUUUGUUUUUAGUACAGAUUUCAAGCGACCUGUGAGCUUUCUGAUUUUUGAUAUCUGAGGUGGUGGUAAUUUUUAGGUACUGCAUAGGUGGGUAUUCCCCCAGGCUGGGUGAAAAGGCAGGUUUAACAUGACAUCAGCCCUGAUCCUCAAAUGUGUUGUGUAACAGAACAUAGAACAUAGAACACUACACCACAGUACAGGCCCUUCGGCCCACAAUGUUGUGCCAACGUUUUAUCCUGCUCUAAGAUCUAUCUAACCCUUCCCUCCCACAGCACAUGCCAACAGUCAAAUUGGAUCAAAAUUGGCCCCUUACAACUGUUACACUCUUUGACUGAUUGAUCUGCACACUAUUUAUUCCAACUGUAGACUUUUUUUCGUUUCAGAACCUGCUACAAAUGGUGAGAUGGUUAGCUGUAACAAUCAACACCAGGGAAAUUUUUUUUUAAUCAAUUCUUUUAAAUAUAAGGCAUUAAACACACACUGAACCCUUGCUCUCAAACCCUUAUCGCAUUUGUGACACAGUUCCAGUGGAUCCUGUUAUUUGGCACAGAUUACUGAUGGAGCAGUUCUCCACCUAUUUCAAAGCCCCAGCUCUCUUUCUCUCGGUCUACUUUGGUCCCUCCCUUGCGUGGGACCUCCAACAACAGUCUCCCUCGCUGAGAUGGUCCAACUGAUGGGACCUGUUCCAUGACAUUUUAAUGCAAGACGAUGAAGGAAAUCACCAGCUAUCUGCAUCCUUGGCUUGGCUUUGUACAGGGUGAGGGCAGGAGGGAAGGAAGGGAAUCCCAUGCAGCUUCCAAAUUGGGUGUGACAACUAACGUGCAUCCAAUCGGUUUCAGCGCUCCCUGAGUUAAAGUUCAGACAGAAAUCCGAGCCCCUGAGACUGAUGCAUUACUCUGUGUGUGUGGGGGGAGAAAAAACGUGAUAUAAAUAACCUGCUGCUUUGUGACUCCCAAACUUGUGGUCAAACCUCCCAGUGCAGCAUCUCAUUCCAAACCUUCAGAGAAAAUUUCUAAAAAAAAAAUUUAAAUUUAAUUUUGUAUUUUGAUGUGAAUAAAGUUGUUUGUGAGGUCUG